UCUCUCUCUCUCUCCCCCCUCUCCCUUUCUCAAUUUCUUCUCCUUUCCCUCCCCUUUGUCCAGUCUCUCCUAUGGCCUGGCCUGGGCGGCGGAGGGCGGCAGGCACAGGAAGGUCCAGCGGGUUAUGGCCGGUUCCGGGUCGUCCCGGUUCCUCUACCAGUUGCCAGCCUCGGUCAUGUGCAAGUUCUAUGAGCUCAUGGACGCGCUGGGCCGGGCCGAGUGGGAGCGGUUCGCCUCCAGAAUUGUCCGAGAUGAAGUGGAGCUGCGCCUGUAUGAGAAGAUGGAUGGGCGGACGCGCAACGUCAUGUGGGCCUGGAUGAAUCGUAACGCCUGUGUCGGCGACUUACUUCAGAUCCUUGAUGACUUGCAGCUUUACCGGGCACGUGAUAUCAUCACCUCAUGGCAUCCACCAGUGCCCUCCGUGAAGCCCUCUGCAUUGUCUGUUCAUCGUCCAGCCGUUUGCCCUGAGCCCCCUCCUGCCCUGCCUGCCCCAGAUCCUGCUGGUAAUAACAGUGGCAGCAGGGCCAGGACAUUGAAGUGGGAGCCCCACAAGGGAGCCUCCCCGCCUGCAUCAGAGUCCUCCGGUCCUCCGCUAUCUUUGCCAGACCCACCUCCCAGCAGCCAUUGCAGCAGCAGUACCACGAGCCAUCUGCCAUUGCCUCCUGCCUCCCUAAAUGAACAGGGCCUUGACUCUCUGACCCCAACCUGUCCUUUCAUGUGGCGACUGGAGGAGCUGCGCCAGGCCACAGAUAACUUCUCAGAGCACCUACAGAUUGGUGAAGGAGGCUUCGGCUGUGUCUACCAGGCCCGACUGCGCAACACGGCCUACGCUGUCAAACGGCUCAAAGAGGAAGCAGAACUGGAUUGGAAUAUAAUAAAGAACAGCUUUGUCACAGAGGUGGAGAAACUUUCUCGGUUCCGCCAUCCCAACAUCGUAGAGUUUGCCGGCUACUGUGCUGAACAGGGAUACUUCUGCCUUGUCUACGUCUUCCUUCCUAAGGGCUCUUUGGAGGACCAUUUGCAUAGACAGCCUGGUCCCUGCCUCUCCUGGGCCCAGCGGCUCCAUGUGGCAGUGGGAGCUGCCAGAGCCAUUCAGUUCCUGCACAGCGACUCUCCCAGCCUCAUCCACGGGGACGUCAAGAGCUCGAACAUCCUCUUGGAUGUGGCACUCAACCCACGGCUGGCAGACUUUGGGUUGGCCCGGUUCAUCCGCCGACCAAAGCAAGGAGGGAUGAGCAGCUCACUGGGCCGGACCCAGACUGUGCGGGGCACUCUGGCCUACCUACCCCCUGAGUACGUCCGGACUGGGACGCUUUCUACUGCUAUUGAUGUUUUCAGCUUUGGUGUGGUGCUAUUGGAACUCUUGACUGGAAGACAGCCCAUGGAGGUGGAUUCACAUGGACGUAGCAAGUACUUGAAGGAUCUGCUAAGUGAAGAGGAGGAGGAGCAGGGAGUCCAGCUGCGCUCUGCCACCACGAUGUCCGGUUCCUCCCAGGCAGCCCAGCUUGGCACUCAUCUCUACCAAAAGCACGUGGACCCAUGGGCCGGGCCUUGUCCAGAGCAGCUGGGCGCAACACUAGGCAGGCUGGCUUGCCGGUGCCUCCACCAACGAGCCAAGCAGCGCCCUCCGAUGGCUGAGGUGUACCAAGAGCUGGAGAGUCUACAGCUAUCUCUGUAUGGGGAGUCUUCUGCCUUUUUUCUACCCCUGGGGCAACUGCACACUCCACAGGAGAACUCGUACCCCCCCAGGCCUCCCAACCAGCCUGAGGAAAGCGAUGAAAGCCUGGAGCGCAGCUUGGAGCUGUUGAGCUACAGAAGUGUGCCCAGAGGGAAUGCCUCUGUAGGCCAACUAGGUGACUCUGCCCCUGAGAUAGUUAUCAACCCAGCACGAAGGCGUAUGAUGGAACGGCUUGCACUCUACCACGAGGGGGCGCUUGACAGCCUGGGGGUACUUACCUCUACACCUUCAGGGGAAGAAUGCAUUGCAGAGCCCCCUCGUGAGCCCGAAGAGAGUGACGAAUUUGAGUGAUGCAUUUUAUGGACAUGGAAGGAUUAAAGUUCUCACAGCGCUGAUGGCACUUUGCAGUUUACAAGGACCACUCUCCCUGGGAUGGUGUACGGGCAAGGUCCUUAGCUGGCACCAUCCACCCAGCAGCACAGGUGUAUCUGGUGGAAUCCGGCAUCAAGUCAGCCCCAUGACUCAAAAGCGGGGUGGGGGGGCAUUGGAGCCUAUGUGGGUGGGGAUCGAAGUCCAUAUCUCACAACUGGGGGGAAGGAGGGAGGUGGUGUUCGUAUGGAUUUUUUUUUACCCCUAUGACCCCUUCCCACACAGGGUCCUCACUACAUUCUCCUUUUCCUUGAACUGGUACAAUAAAUAAAAUUAUUUUAUAUAUUUGUAA